AUGUACUUUGUGUAUGUUGUGCGUACUCUUGAGUGUGUGUGUGUGGUACGCUAUUAUGUUGUGUACGUUGUCCGGCAUGUACGGGUGCACAGUGAUCCCAACCGCUUUAUCAGGGGGGAACCGCCCACCAUUUGGACCCUGCGCAAACGAGUGUUUGGGUGUCCCUGUGGCCCGCUACGGGAUAUCCUCUCCUCCCCUGCUCCCCCUCCCCCUCCUCCUCCUCCUCCUCCUCCUCCUCCUCCUCCCCCUUUUCCUCCUCCUCCUCCUCCUCCUCCUCCUCUCCCUUUUCCUGGGGUCCAGGCGGCGGGCGCCGCCGUGCCGGCCCCUCGAGCGGACCUCGCGUGGGUAGCUGCUGAGGACGCCGAGGACCUGGCGAAAGGCACUGAGGUCGAGAUCACGGUUGACACCAUCUCUGCGGGCGACAGGGCCAUCAUGCCAUGGAAGGGAGGCUUCGUCGCGCUGCGGCAGAUGACUCGCCCCGAGGUGUAUCCCUUCACCUACGAUGACCUGCGUGUGCAGCCCGUGCGUUUCGACUCGAGCGGAACGCGCAGGGUCACGUUCAGCGAGGGGACGCUCAACGUUUUGGCUUCCCCGGCCGCCAUCUCUUCCUUCAGGCCCACGGCUGCUCAUCGUGCUGCCCAUGGCCAAGUUUUGUCUACGUUGGCGGCAAGGCCUACUUGCACAUCCUUGUACAAAGACCGCGAAGCCCUCCAGGCGCUUUGUGGAUCGGAGUUCUCCUAUGCUGGGGGGGGCUCCAGUUGCAGCGUGGAGCCGUAUGAUCGAGGCCGGGUCUCGAUGCCAGCAGCGGGGGCUUCGCCUCCGUGGCUAGCAGAUGUCAUCGACGAUUCCGGCAGAGGCGUAGUCGACGGCUUCACCACCGCGAUGCUCCGCUCGCCCGUCGAGAUGGGAGCCAUCAUGGAGCAGCAGGCACAUAUUAAGCCCUACAUGGGCGUGAGGCUCAAGAGGGACAGGUUGCUAUACUACCAGUUCGUCCGCGACCUAUUCGAGUCCAAUCUUGUGGAUUUCGGGACGGACGCUUUCGAGACCAUCCGCAUGGCGAGUGGCUCGGCGUUCGCAGGUUUGCAGAUCCCGCCGGAGCUGCAGGAGCAUGGCAUGUGGGGUGCCGGCUCCGACAUCGCGGACUACUUCUUUUGGCUCGCCAUGCCGCCUGACCUGCGGCCCUUCUUUGCACUGCCGCCUGUGCCAGGCGCUCUGUUGCUCGAGUGGGGUGUCCCCGCUGCCUUGGGCGGGACACUCCAUGGCCUUUUAGAGGUCAGACCUCGCCUUCGCUCCGUGCCGAUGGGCUGGACCUGGGCGAUGUGGCUGGCGCAGCGUGUGCACAUGCAUCAGAUCUGUCUUGCGUUGCCCUGGGCGCCCUCGAGACUCAUGGAGGAGGGGGCCCCUGUUCCUGAAUGGCGCUCGGAUCUCCCAGUUCUGAAUGUAUAUUGUGACAAAGGGGUUCUUGCGACGAGCCCCAAGAUGGCGAGGGAGACUCGGGAUGCCGUCACUGUCCAGCUCGUCAAGUCAGGCUUUGUCGUUCACGAGGUCUUCGGUCCCGUUAGGCAGUUCACCGCUCUGGGUUACCACAUCGACGGGGAGGCUAUGAAGGUCUGGGUCGAUCCGAUGCGCAGGGAGCGAAUUGCUGCCGCUGCCCGAGCUCUGUCGCGACGGCCUCGGAUCACAGGUUUGGCGUUGAGUCGGUUCAUCGGUCAUUGCAUCGCCGCUUUCCUCAUCUUCCGCCCUGGGCUCUCGGUAUUUAGGCGCAUGUAUGACUUCGCUGCUAAGUUGGGGGCUGCUCCAGGACGUCUCUGGGCUGAGGCCGCUCACGAGGCUCGUCAGGUGUCGUAUCUCAUCCAGGUCACCAUGUCGGAUCUCUGCCUGGAGUGGUCGGAGAGGGUCCUCGCUACCGAUGCGUGUCUUUCGGGGUUUGCCGUUGCCGCUACGCGCUGGCCUCAGGAGGUCAUCAAGGAGCACGGGUCCGUCCGAGAGAAGUGGAGGUAUCGGAGCCGUCUGCCGUCUGCGACUGCACCUCGCGAUGCUGCCCUGCCUGCUUUCGGCGACCCCUUCAGUGACAUCAACACCGUAAAGACCAUCGCCGAGCCGAAAGCUAUUUCGACGUACGAGCCGAACCCCGAUUUCGCCGAGAUCGACCCGGGAUACCUCAGGAAGGAAGACUGGAAGCUACAGUAUGCCUCAAGGUUUCGUGGUCGUGAUGGCCCUAUCUCAGUACUAGAGAGUGUCGGUGUGGCCUCUGGGGUUCGUCAUACUACGAGGGGCCUCUAUGGGUUUCGAAGGCGACACCUCCUACUAGGGGACAACCUGGGCACUGUGCUGGCCAUGGAGAAGGGCAGGUCGUCGUCGUUCUCUCUCAACAAGUCAUGCCGCAAGACCGCAGCCUUUUCAGUGGCUUCGGGGUCGCGUUACGUGUACCGCUGGAUCCCUUCAGAGAGCAACCAUGCCGACGAGGGCUCCCGCCUCUGGGAGCCGCGCCGGCGCUCCGCCUGUGCAGCGGACCCUCCGCCCGGCGCAGGGGCCACCAUCUCGCUCGCGGAGACGACGCUCGCCUCUGGGGACGCCACGAGAGAGGCCCGGGCAGCCUCCCGCGCUUCUCUGGCGGGCAGCGCCCGGGCCAAGGCCGUGGAGGGGCGGGGCACCUUCCUCGAGUCCAGUUCGGUGAGCACCAAGACGUACAAGGACUACGAUCAGCGCCACUCGGAUUUCCAGGAGUGGAUCGCCCAGAACCGGCUGUCGACCAAGUUGGAGAGGCAGCCCGACCUCGUGCUCACGGACUACAUCAACCACAUGUGGACGACGGGGCACGACGUCUCGGAGGGAACGAAGGUGCUGGCUGCCUACAUGUACUUCUACCCCGACUACUCGAAGGCCGGGAGGCAUGUCCUCCCGCGGGCCCGCAAGGCCCUCCGGGGCUGGAGGAGGCUCGAGCCGGGCAGGACCAGGCCGCCGAUCCCGCUGCACCUGCUCGCGCUGCUGUGGCUCGAGAUGAUCCACAUGGGGUCCCCUCUCAUGGCUCUGGCGUUGGUCACGAUGUGGGUCGCAUACCUGCGGCCAGGGGAGGCCCUGUGGAGCCUGCGCAUGCACGAGGAGCUGGAUCAGCACCCUUCCAAGGCCAACCUCUUCGAGGAGAGCCUGGUGCUGGACUCGGCCGACCUCCCAUGGCUGGGGGACCUGCUGGCAGGACUCAGGAAGGGGCAACCAGACAGGCUGUUCUUCGACUUCAAGUGCCCGCUCCUCGGCCAGGCCAUGGUGGGAGCGGCCAAGAAGGUCGGUCUGGAGAAGCUCAAGAUCACCGCGUAUCACAUGAGGCACUCCGGCCCCAGCCACGACAUCCUGUUCAAGAGAAGAUCGUUGGCAAGCGUCAAGGCAAGGGAUCUGUGGCUCUCCGAUCGCACGGUGAGGAGGUACGAGGCCCACGGACGCCUCCUCCAACAACAGGCAAAGGUGUGCCGGGCCGUCGAGGUCGGCCAGGGGUGCCGGGCCGUCGAGGUCUUCUCAGGCUGUGGGAGGCUCUCGCAAGCUCUCGCCAGCGCCGGCGUCCCAGCAGAGGCCUGGGACAUCGAGCAAGGCGAGGCGGCUGACUUUCUGAGGAUUGAGUCUCUACGCAAGCUGGAGAAAGAGAUUGUGGACCGCGUCAUCAGUUUCGUCUGGUUUG